UACAAACCAGUGGAGUCUAAGUUCCAUUUUUUCAGAGAAAUGGAAUCUCUUAAAAAGGUUAUUACAAAGUAAUGAAUUUUUUCGAGAUGACCAAAUUACCCUUUGACGACCCACUUUACCAAAGUCUCGCUAAUCUCUCUCACGAUCUGCACACAGACAUUCGAAACCCUAGCUCUCAGCAGAAUGAACUUCUCCGGCUAGGUGCCGGAAAGCCGGUGGUUUUGAGGAAGUCUAGGUUUCUGUUCGUGAAGCGAUUGAUAGAGAGACAUAUAUCGUUCUCAGGGAAAGAAUUCGAUUUACUCAGCUUUCUAAAAUCAUUCGCCCCUGUAGCAAACCCACCAUAUUCAAUCUCCCAGUUUAAUCAAUCACUCUCAAUAGUCAUUCCAGUUGAGCUCCAAGCUCAUAUAGUGUGUGUUGCGUGAAAUGGCACCG